GCCGUCAGGCCAAUCAGUGAGCCUUGGGCGGACUGUACAGGAGCUCGGUGCGCUGAUCUUCUGGUUGAAGAAACCAGCUCUGGGGAAGGGUCUCCGGCGCGGGCGGGAGGGCGCCCAUCAGGUUCCGAGCCAGUGGUCGCUCUCAGGUGGCUGCAGAGCCGGAGCCGAGCCACCUCGCCGCGUCAUGGCGCCCACCCUGGCCACUGCACAUCGGCGCCGCUGGUGGAUGGCCUGCACAGCCGUGUUGGAAAACCUCCUCUUCUCGGCAGUCCUCCUGGGCUGGGGCUCACUGCUCAUCAUGCUGAAGUCGGAAGGCUUUUACUCCUACCUGUGUACUGAGCCAGAGAAUGUCACCAACGGCACAGUGGGGGGCACAGCAAAACCAGAACAGGAGGAAGAGGUGACCUGGGUGAAUGGCUGGCUCAGCUGCAAGGCCCAGGAUGAGAUGCUAAACUUGGCCUUCACCGUGGGCUCCUUCCUGCUCAGUGCCAUCACCCUGCCCCUGGGCAUCGUCAUGGACAAGUACGGCCCAAGGAAGCUUAGGCUGCUGGGCAGUGCCUGCUUUGCUGUCUCCUGCUUGCUGAUUGCGUAUGGAGCAAGUAACCCAGGCUCUCUCUCUGUGCUCAUCUUCAUCUCCCUGUCUCUGAAUGGCUUUGGUGGGAUGUGCAUGACUUUCACCUCGUUAACACUGCCCAACAUGUUUGGUGACCUUCGGUCCACGUUUAUUGCCUUGAUGAUUGGGUCCUAUGCCUCCUCAGCAGUCACCUUCCCAGGAAUCAAGGUCAUCUACGACUUUGGUGCUCCCUUCAUCACCAUCCUCGUGGUCUGGGCCGGCUGCUCUGGGCUAGUUUUCCUCAACUGCUUCUUCAACUGGCCUCUAGAGCCUUUCCCAGGGCCAGAGGACAUGGAUUACUCGGUGAAGAUCAAGUUCAGUUGGCUGGGCUUUGACCACAAGAUCACAGGGAAGCAGUUCUACAAGCAGGUGACUACGGUGGGGCGCCGCCUCAGUGUGGGUAGCUCCAUGAGGAGUGCCAAGGAGCAGGCAGCCCUGCAGGAGGGCCACAAGCUGUGCCUGUCCACCGUCGACCUGGAGGUGAAGUGCCAGCCAGACGCUGCAGCAGCCCCGUCCUUCAUGCAGAGCAUAUUCAGCCCCAUCCUGCUGCUCAGCCUCGUCACCAUGUGCAUCACGCAGCUGCGGCUCAUUUUCUACAUGGGCGCCAUGAACAACAUCCUCAAGUUCCUGGUCAGUGGCGACCAGGGCAAAGUUAGCCUCUACACCUCCAUUUUCGGUGUGCUCCAGCUGCUCUGCCUGCUGACAGCCCCCAUCAUCGGCUACAUCAUGGACUGGAGGCUGAAGGAAUGCGAAGAUGCCUCUGAGGAGCCCGAGGAGAAAGACACCAACCAGGGCGAGAAGAAGAAGCGGGACCGGCAGAUCCAGAAGAUCACCAACGCCAUGCGGGCUUUUGCCUUCACAAACGUGCUGCUCGUGGGCUUUGGGGUGACCUGCCUCAUUCCCAACCUGCCCCUACAGAUCCUCUCCUUCAUCCUGCACACAGUUGUGCGGGGAUUCAUCCACUCUGCCAUUGGGGGCCUGUACGCUGCAGUGUACCCCUCCACCCAGUUUGGCAGCCUCACAGGACUACAGUCUUUGGUCAGUGCCCUCUUCGCUCUCCUGCAGCAGCCCCUGUUUCUGGCCAUGAUGGGUCCCCUCCAAGGAGAUCCUCUGUGGGUGAACGUGGGGCUGCUCGUCCUGAGCAUGCUGGGGUUCUGCCUUCCCCUCUACCUCAUCUGCUACCGGCGCCAGCUGGAGAGGCAGCUGCAGCAGAAGAGGGAGAACGACAAGCUUUUCCUCAAGCUCAACGGCUCAUCCAACCAGGAGGCUUUCGUGUAGUGCCCACCACCUCAGAACUGUGGCAUCCUGCUCCUGCUUUAGUGACUCACCAGUGUCCUCCCCACCCCAGAGGACCUCCAUGCACCCCCAGGAACCUCUCCUUCACCAUGUUGGAGUCCGUGCCCCCUCCCAGGGCCUUGGUCCUGCCUUGGAGCUCUGCUGUGGAAGUACAGGAGAGGGCCUGGAUAUGCGAUUUUCCUACUGCUGGAAGCAGAGGCUGCCCUGGGCUUUGCCCAGCUACCUUGGAGGGGCUCUGGAGCCUUGAGGCUCCAUGGUACCUGCAAGAGGAGCCAGGAGGAUCCCCGAUAGGCAGGCUCUGUUCCUCAAGCAUCUAGAUUCUGCCUCUUGCCAAAGCAGAGGGGUCUGCUAUUCACUGUCUACCACCUACCCCACAGCUGCAUGCCCACCAACCACGCCUGCCAGAGGACAAAGGUUUGCACUGUCUGCACCCACUCGCCUGGCCCCUCAUCUCCUCCCGUGGUCAGUCUAAGGCUGCCUGAGGAAGGAAGGACCCGCUUCCUGUUGUUGGUGCUAACUCCUUUGUAAUUCCAGCCCCAUGUGGCCUGUCCCUAGCCUGUCCUCCCGUUAAAGGCCUGUGGGGAUGCCCCCCUGGCUUAACAGCCUGGGGAGUGGCGGGAGGGCUGGAUGGUCAUACUAGGCUCAGGAGCUGGGGACUGAGGUGAUCAGCAGUCCCUAACCUCUUUCCUCAGGACCUAAGUGGAGAGCAAGCUUCCACUGCCACCCUUCAGCCUGUGACCUGAAGGAAAUGAAAGGGACACCAACAGGGCAGCCCGCGUACACACACACACAGACACACACACACACACACACACACACACACACACACACACACACACACCAUUUUCGUGGGGGUGGAAGUGAGACUGGCUGAUAGACAUCGAAGUCUAGGCCUGAUGGGGAGGUAGGUAUGCGAAGGGUCUAGAGGUGUGUGCAUGCGUGGGUGUGUACGUGUGACAGGGGUGUGGGCCCUGGGUAUCUACACAUUAUCCCAGAGCUGCUCAGAGGACAGCCAGGCCUGCAGCAGGGGGAGGGCCCCCGGGGCCAGCGUGGUGGUCCCAAAGCUUAUUGGAGGCUGUGGAGCUACGGCGCCCCCUGCUGGCAGACUGCCUGAGGGCCCUGGCGCUGUUUACAUGGAAGCAGAUGCCCUUCCUCUGCCAGACGGGCCUGAUUUACCAAUCCACCCACCAGGACUUACCCCGGAAAUGGGUCUUGGACUUCCUGGGAGUGCAGAGAGAGCUGGGUGGAUUUUUAGGUUUAUGGUUUUAUGGGGGGUUUUCGUUUUAAGUUUUAUCAGACUCCUUUUUAUAGAGCAAUAAACCCAUUUUCCUCCUGUUGAGAGUUGCCUCUGCCCGCCCAUCAGUUAAGUCUACAUGUGCCUGUUUUGAGCUUGAGGAGAAAAGGCAAGACAACUAUAAAACUGUACACCUGCAACCUAUAUAAUUUUAUUAACCAGUGGCACCCCAAUAAAUUCAAUUAAAAGUUAAAAAGAGGCAAGACUUCCUGACCCCGGUCCCUGUUGUACCUAGCUGCUGACAGUCUCUCUGGAUGAUUGCCAGCUUGGGAGAGGAAGGGCCAGGAAAAGAGCUCCCACCGCCCCUAAACAAAUUGGGUUUGUGCCAGUAUCUUCAAAGUGUGGGGCACCCCUCCUCUGCUGCUGCUGCCGCCAGCCAAACAGGCUGACUCUGACCCCUUUUUACCCCUGCUCAGAUCUCCUGUCACUGGUCAACUCUCCUGAAGGUCCCUUCCUGAGUUCAAGAGGCAGGGCAGUUCCAGGAGAGCCUCCUGCUCAAAGAGGUGGAGGCAGAGAGCGGGGGUGGUGGACAACAGGAAGGGGCAGUGCCAGGCCCGCAUUCCAGCUCUGCAGCAACAGCUGGGCACCUCGAACAUGUCUGUCCUGCCUAGGCUUCAGUCCACUCAAAUGUUAAAAAUUUGUUUAAAGCACUUUUGGGGAAUUUCUCUUAAGAUUUUAUUUGAGCCAAAACUGCCAACAAUUGCCAGGAAGCAACAUCUCAAAUGCUUCUACAUUUUUUAGAUCAAAAUUUCCCAAACCUUUCCUCCAAACACUAGUUUGUGAGGUUUAAUGGUUAUUCUAAUUUUUAAAAAGGGUGUUAUAUUCAAAUUUGGGAAAUGCUGAGUUAAAAUGAAGUGUUUUUUCAUAACCGAGGACAUUUUUAUCACUUUCAGAGAGAAAAAACAUCAGUUGGCUGCUUCCCAUAUACACCCGGGCCAGGGGUCAAAUCCUCAACCUUUUGGUUAUGGGUCAAUGCACCAGCCAACUGAGCUGCGUUGGCCAGGGCCAAACGUGUUUCCUUGCAGCAAGCACUUGCAGCACUUCUCGGCAUGCUCGUGGGUUUUGUGGCCACCCAAGAGGGCGUGAGAUAGGCUGUGGAUGAGUGGCUUUAAGAGAGAGCUGUCCCCGAUGUGUGGCCCAGUGGAGUUCCUCAGUGCAUGUUGAUCAUGUGGAUUCCAGGUCUUGCCUCUGACCUAGAGGGAAUCUGGAGCCUGUGUUUUGCUUAGUCCUUUCCCCAGAGUUUGAGACCACUGACAGAGGAGUACAAUUUGGGGAAAUGUGGACUGGCAGGGGCCCUUGUAGCUAGGAAAACAUUGAGGUUACAGACAAGGCCUAUGCCAUCCUCAGCAGCACCCAAAGUAGGAGCUGUUGCCUCUGUACCACCCACCUGCAGGGUGUGGACACUUUAUAUGGAAAGAAGCAGGCAUUGACAAAGGAGUUCAGGGUGGAAAUCAGUCUAGGGCCUGCGGUGCAUGGGAAUUAGAGAUAUGAGAGUGGGAGCAGGGUACCAGAUGGGCCAGCUACCGUCUGCACCCCCUUUUGGGGCCAGUGAUUCUGCUCUGACUACAGAGUUGGUGGGUUACAUAUUUUCCUGUUAGUAUCAUUGAAUUAUGAUAAAUCCAAGAAUUAAGAUUACCAUCAUUUCUAGUCUACAGUUAGAAAAACUGAGGCCCAGGGAGGUGGAGUAAUUCACUCAAGAUUGGAACCAGGACUUGAUGGGUCUUAACAUCAAUGGAGCCACCAAAGAAAGCCCAAGACCAGGACAUUCCUUUUGGAGCCAUAGCCCCAGGGGCCACCAGGCUUUGGGAGCCAGGAGGCCACAGCUUGAGGAAGAGAAGCAAACCCAGGCACCACUUUCUUGGAGCCAAGAGAUUUCUCUGAAAUGGUUUGACCUCUACUCAGUAGUCAUCUUGGCUCUUGAGGCAGAUGGAUUCCUGCGGAAGCAUUCUCUGGUCAGCCCAACCCUUGAGAGGAAUGCUCUUACAUGAGAAACGGCCCGUGGGCUGGUCCAAGGCAGCAGCACCCGGUGGCCACAGCCCUCCAUCUUCCUUUGUCCUCAGGCUGCUGGUGGGAAGGGGCAGGAAGUGAUGCCCGGCCAGCGGUUCCAGUCGGUGUGAGGAAGGGGGUGGGCCCGUCUUAGAAGCACCGACAGGAUCCCCUCUCCCUCUAGUCCCCCUAGACUCAGGUCCACGAGUUCCUCUGUUGGCUUCCUCCAGAUCUUCUGGCCUCUGCCUGCAGCUCCUGCUGCCUGGAUGUGUACCAGGGAAGGUGCCAACACUCCUAAAGGCCACAGAUAGGGCUGCAGGUGCCUUUCUGCUUUGCCCCAUCUUUAUUCCCCUCUUGUAUGAAUUAUCAGCCUAGUCCAAACAACUUCUGCUAAGCCCGCCUCGUCCUGGCCUGGGGCUGCAUGGUCUGUGGAGGGCCUCCCACUGCCCUGGGCCCCAAGGACACUGAAAACGGGGGAUAUCCAGUAUUCAGGGUCCAUGUGCAGGCCUGUCUCAGCAGCAGAAACAUAUUCAGCCCAGCAAAGUUUUUGAUGUACUUAUGUAUCAGCCUGAGAGCAGAAUUUGAGCAGAUAAGCACGUGGGGUGGGUGGUGGGCGGCAGGGUCAGGUGGCCCACAUCCUGUGGUUAGGGGCUUUAGUCGGAGCUCUAAGGCUUAGCAGGAUUUUCAGGGUCUGGUUUGGCAACAGCGCCCUCUGGAGGAUAAUAUAUAUGAUGUGUUCUUAAGGGUACUUGGGGCAGUGAGACUCCUUAUCUGUUCCAAUCACCAGGGACUGGACUCAAGGGUGAUGAUAGCCCAUUUUCCCCAAUACAGAUUGUGGGAUUACAAGGCUAAGGAGCCUGGUACCCCAAAGUGAGGAGCUGGUUUUUCACACUGCAGCCCUCCCCUGAGCUGGGAGCCAGAGGGAGCAGGCGGGCUCUGUGAGCCCACUUGCUCCCAUGUCCUAAUUCACCCCAAUCCCUGGAGCGAGGUUGGAGCUUGCCAAGUCUCAGCGAGGAGAUGCUUCCCAGCAUCUCCCAGCGGGUGGCCUGCCAGCAUGGGGCUACCACCUGUGUUCCUUCAUCUCUGUGGGCAGUGUGUCCACGGCUCUGAAGUGACUCACUUUCAGCCUCCCAGGUGGAUCCCAGACUGCACCGGGGCCCCUGGCAGCUCCCAGCUCCACCACACAAACCACAUCAAUGACCUUAGGCAAGACUUGAGCCUCAAUUUCCUUAUCUGUAAAGUGGAGCUAAUACCCUCACUAUGAGGAUGGAUAAACACAGAGGUAAAUCAUUUGCACAGUAGUGUUCCUGGCACUUAAUAGGCAGUUAACAAGUGACAGCAUUAUUUGUGUGACUCUGCAAGAGUACAGAUGCCACAGGAAACGAGGGCCACUCCCACUCCUCUACUCCCUCCCCGCCCCGGUAUAACGGGACCCCUACUUUAGGCAGCUCUGACCAGGGCAGACUUGUAGCCAAGUAAAGGAAGUGGGGUCUGUUUCUGCCGACCCUCACAGAACCUCUUUUUAAAGCAAAAAGCCUUAAGAAGUAGCCCUUUGUUCACUUUUCAUGUCUUUCACAUUUUGGUAAGAGACUUAGCCACAAAGCUUCUCCAGGCAAUCUCUAAGUGGUAGAGACCCAGACAUCAGACAGGUUUGCGUUGGGGUGGGGGUAACACAGGUCACAGCAUGUGGGCAGCACCUCCAGACCACCUCCCUGUAAAGGGUUGGCUGUGCCUGUGUGCACAGGUGCGUGUGCGUGUGUGUGCAUGCGUGAGUGCUUGUAUUGAGGUAUGAUGUAUUGCGAGCAUGUUCGGGUGAGCGUAUUUAGAGCAGUCUGUGUGUUUCUCUGCCUGGGUGGAGAAGAGGGAGAGGGUCUUACCUCACUCAGUCCCCUUGUGUUGCUGGAAAGACCGAGACAGGCCCUCUCCGAGGACCCAGAGCGGGCCAUCAGAGCUGUGCCGGAAGGGUACACCUGUGCUCUGUGUUAACCAGGGUCAGUGCAGUGUCGCUGACAACCUGGUCGCUGACCCUGACUCUUCCUGCCCCUUUGCUCUUUCUAGCAUCUGGCUUACUUCCUGGCACACCUAAGCACUCAAUAAAUGUAUGCUGAGAACGACAAGAACUGC